AUGACCUUUUCCAAUAACAUCAUUGAAGAGUUGGGAUUGGAGAAAGAAAAUGAACCAACAAUAACCAGUAGUGUCUGGGAUCCCGGCACUGAAUAUAUCACCAAAUGUGAUUUUAAUAACAACUCCAGACCAUUUUGUGACUGGACUCAACCCUGUGGAGUGGACCAAGGAUCAUGGAUAAGAACCAAGCAUGCCACACCAACCCCUGGGACUGGGCCAGAUGGAGACUUCAUGAACAGAGGUGGUUAUUUUAUCUAUGAAGAGGCCAGCAACUUGAUCCCAUUUGAGGCCAUCAGACUCGAGAGCCCCUCCUUCCAACUUCCUGGAGAGACCUGGAUAUGCAUAGAGUUCCAGUAUCACAUGCUAAGUUUAGAAGAUCGGAAUGAACUGAAAGUGUUGAUCAGGUGUCAUGGGGAGGAAAAAGUGAUAUGGAGCCGAAUGGGAAACCAGAGCUCUUCGUGGCUAUUUGGUUCAGCUACAACAUUUUUACCAAAGGGGACAAGGAUGCAGGUCAUUUUUGAGGCAGUUCGAGGAUUAACCGAAUAUGGUGACACAGCAGUAGACAAUAUCUCUGUCAGGAAAGGGUCCUGUGGUGGCAUAACAAUACCUACACCUCCAGCGCCAAAAACGCAGGCAUCCUGCGAAGUGUCGGGAGAUCCUCACUAUUACACCUUCGACAGACGCGGCCAUCAUUUCAUGGGGAACUGCACCUACACGCUGUCCAGGUUGUGUGGGCGCAACAGCUCCCUGCCCUACUUCAACGUAGAGGCCGCCAACGAACACCGAGGGGGCAACGCCCACGUGUCCUACGUCAGACACGUGGACGUGGAGGUCUACGGCCACAGGAUAAGGCUGGCCGAGGGCGGAGAAGUCAAGGUGGAUGGCGAGGAGGAAAUCGUUCCCCUGAACCUGUCCCCGGGGCUACGGGUGGUGCCCAGCGGCCUCUACGUCGCGGUGACGACCGACUUCGGGUUGACGGUGAAGUUCGACGGGGUCCACAGGGCGGAGGUGACCCUGCCGGGAGAAUUCUCAGGGCAGGUGUGCGGAAUGUGUGGCAACUUCAACGGGAACCCAGAGGACGACAUCCUGAACCCGGAGGGAAAACCAGAAGCGGAUUCCCUGGGACUGGGGAACAGCUGGCAGGUCGCUGGCCCUGUCAGCUGCCCUCCAGCCCGGCCCGGCAACUGGACGGAGUGUAGUGCGGGAGAGCAGAACGUCACGUCGAGCCCCAUUUCCUGCGGCCUCCUCGCCAGCCCAGAGGGACCGUUCCGAAGGUGCCACGCAUCGCUGGCUCCGGCCGGUUACCUGGAGAGCUGCGUGUACGACCGGUGCGCCCUGGGCCCGGAUCCCGGCUCCCUCUGUCGGAGCCUCCAGGCCUACGCCGACGCCUGCCAGGCCCUCGGGGUCGCCAUCGAGCCCUGGAGGAAUGCCACCUUCUGCCCGAUCUCCUGCGGAGCCAACAGUCGGUACGUGAGCUGCGGUCCGGCCUGCCCCGCCACGUGCGCGGAUCCCGCGGCUCCGUCCUCUUGCGGCCGGCCCUGUGUGGAGGGGUGCGUCUGCCUGGAGGGCCACCUGCUCUCCCACGGCCGCUGCGUGCCCCGGGACCGGUGCGGGUGCUGGCGGGACGGACAGCACCUCCCCGUGGGCGAGGGCUUCUGGACGGACGACACCUGCUCCGUGCGAUGCCGGUGCCCCGCGCCCGGGGGCCGGGUCACCUGCUCCAACGCCUCCUGCCCGGAGGACCACCACUGCGGCGUGGCCGACGGCGUCCCCGGCUGCCAGCGGCACACGUACGGGGUCUGCAGGGUCCACAACGAUCCGCACUACAACACGUUCGACGGCGAGACUCACCACUUCAUGGGGACCUGCGCCUACGUCCUGGCCCGAGUGUGCGGCGACGCCGCGGGGCUGCCCCGCUUCAACGUGGAGGCCCAGAACGAACAUCGGGGGAACCCCACGGUGUCCUACGUGCGCGGGGUCACGGUGGAGGUUUACGGACAUCAGGUCCGCAUCCUCAAGGCGGAGGCGAGCCGGGUUUUGGUCGACGACGUGUGGAGAACGAUCCCCGUCACCGUGGGCGGCGGCCUGGUGGAGGUGAGCCGGAGCGGCCGCUACGUGGUCCUGGAGACGGACUUCAGGUUGAGCGUGUCCUACGACACCGACCAUUCCGUCGAGGUCAAGGUCCCGACCGCCUACUUCAACCGGACGUGCGGGAUGUGCGGCAACUUCAACCGUCGGCGGCAGGACGACUUUCUGAUGCCCGACGGGUCCCUGGCCGUGGACUCCAAUCAGCUGGGCAACAGCUGGAAGGUCCCGGGAGAGACCCCCGCCUGCCCGGACGUCGGGACGGACCCGCCCCGGUGCCCGCCGGAGCUGGAGGACCUGUACGGGCAAGCGCCUUUCUGCGGCCUCCUGACCGGUCCGGCUGGGCCCUUCGGGCCGUGUCGGUCCGCGGUCGAUCCCGGGAGCUUCUUGGAGAGCUGCGUCUUCGACCUCUGCGCCUUGGAGGGCAGCCGGUCGGUUCUGUGCAAUGCGCUGGAGGUCUACGCCGACGCCUGCCAGCGAGCGGGCGUGGCCGUGCUCGGCUGGAGGAACGCCACCUCCUGCCGUGAGUCUCCCCUCCUCCUGGGGGUGCCCCCGGGUUGGGAGGAUUGA